AAUUCACAUUGUCUGUCACAAACAAGCCGCAAUUGCACUCACAAUGAAGAGAGAAGAUAUUACCUACCUGGGAGCUGGUCCUGCCAGUCUUCCGACCGAUGUCCUUGCCACAGCAGCCCAGGCUCUGCAAAACUACCAAGACACUGGCCUGGGUGUGGCCGAACACAGCCACCGCAGCGAAAUCGCGGCGAACAUCCUGAACAACGCAAAGGCCGAUCUUGCCAACUUCCUCGAUAUCCCCUCCAACUACGAAAUCCUCUUCCUGCAAGGCGGUGGAUCCGGUCAAUUCGAUGCGACCGUUUACAACCUCGUCGCUGUCUGGGUCGAGAGACAGAGACAGCAGAUUGUCCAGCAACGCGGCGAUAUUAGCGAGGAGGAAGUGCUGAGCGAGCUGCGCAAGAAGGUCGAAUCGGAGCUGCGACUGGACUACCUGGUUACUGGAUCUUGGUCGCUGAAGGCCAGCCAGGAAGCCGUUCGCCUUCUUGGCUCCGAAUAUGUCAACGUCGCCAGCGACGCCAGGACCGUCAAUGACGGCAAGUUUGGAAAGAUCGCGGAUGAAUCGACCUGGAAGUUGAGCCGCAAAGCUGCCAUGGUCUACAUGUGCGAGAACGAGACUGUCGAUGGCGUUGAAUACCCCAGCUUCCCCAAGGUUCUGGAGCCCAAGGGAACCGAUGAGGACCCCAUUGUUAUCGGAGAUUUUUCAUCGACCAUUCUGUCUAGACGGAUCCCCGUGAAGAACUACUCCAUCAUCUUCUUUGGAGCACAGAAGAACCUGGGUGUUGCGGGAAUCACGGGAGUGAUCAUUAAGAAGGACUUUCUACCCCCUGUUACCCCCUCAUGCUCUCCUGCCAUCCUGCGCAAGCUGGGAUUGCCGAUUGCCCCCACCAUCCUCGACUAUGCCGUUGCGGCCAAGAACAACUCUCUCUACAACACGCUUCCUAUCUUCGAUGUCUACAUCGCUGGCCAAGUCCUCAAGAAGCUCCUUGCCACGUUCCCUGACAAGGUGGAUGGACAGCAGGCUGUGGCUGAUAGAAAGGCAAAACUCCUCUAUGAGACUCUUGAUGCCUACCCGGAGGUGUACAAGGUUGUCCCGGACAAAAACGUGCGCUCAAGGAUGAACGCCUGCUUCCGUGUGAUUAAGGGUGGAAAUGUCGAUGACACCGAGAAGGCCUUCCUGAAGGGUGCUGUCGAGCGUGGACUCACCGGGUUGAAGGGCCACAGAAGCGUUGGAGGAAUUCGUGCAUCCAACUACAAUGCCGUCCCGGAAUCCGGCAUCGAAAAGCUGGCAGCUUACCUCAAGGAGUUUGCCACGGCGUAAACAAGAUAGCUAGCUAAAAGUGAAAUUUGCACCUGCAAGAAAAGUAUUGUAUUCAUCAUAUGACCAGGCGCUGCAGGUUAUAUACAGGGCGAACGGACCCAGCUUUCGGGAGGUUCAACCUAUUUUAGAUGGCUGGCUCAACGACCAACCUCAUCUAUUUAUUUAAUUUUGCUUGAUACUGUCCCGCAUAGCAUAGUAAGGACAAAUAGAUUCAAUUGGCGACCAGGGUGAAAAGCGUAAGCGGUAUACUGCAGCGAAAUCAAGAUGUGUCAUGGAAUGGGGUUCGAGAAAAAUAAAUAUUGAUGUAUCAUGAGCGCAUUAACAUUAUAGAGAUAUGCGGAUGGAGA